AAAAGCCCCAUCUCUCUCUCCAUACAAUAAAAUCUCCAUUGUCUUGUUGGGUUGAACGAUAAUCAUAAAACCCAAAAACGAAUUUGUGAAAAGACUCUUGCUGCCCCUACUCCUCUCUUUGGAUGCUCCUCACUCUCUCAUGGUCACCUCUUUCUUGCCCUGUAAGUUCCAAAACCUAACCCCAUUUUCUCUCCCUAUUUUUUAAUCUUUCUAGGCUGAUGUUUUGCUCGAGAAACCCCGGAAAAGUGCACGGCCGUUUGAAUUGUUUUCCUCUAUUUUUUGCUUUUUGGCAAAAUUUUGCUUCAAGAUUUUAGGGUUUUCUUUUCUUUUCCUGCUGAAUCUGGAUGUUUAGUGGUGGAUUUACUGCUUUUGAUUGUGGGUUCUUUGUUUGUUGUAGUUAAUCUCUGGACCCCAGAUCAGGAUUUGUUUGUAAGACUGUGACUGCUUUGGUCAAUCGGAUGUUUCCCGUGUCGGUUUGAUUUUCUUUUGUGAAUUUGGGUUUGGCUGAGAAUCUCCAGUUUUCUGGUUGGGAUUGGCGAGAUUAGCUGUUUUGGAUAUCUGGGUUUGUUCCUGCCUCCGCAUUGAGGGUUUGUUGUGGGCAUGGUGGGAAAAGAGGAUGGUUCUCGUGUUCCGUACCAGGUUGCUGGAAACCGGAAAACGUUCUGGCGGUCGGCGUCCUGGUCUUCGUCUCGGACGGGGCUGAGAAACCCUGAGUCUGAAGAAAAGGAUUGCUCAGAUCCAAACGGUGGUAUUGGGAAUAAUAGUGGCCAAAACCGGCGGUUUCCGGCUCCAUUAACCCCACGAUCUCAGCAAAACUGUAAGGCCCGGGCGUGCUUGCCACCACUGCAGCCAUUGUCCAUUGCUCGCAGGAGCUUGGAUGAGUGGCCAAAGGCAAGUUCUGAUGAUGUUGGGGAGUGGCCUCAACCACCCACCCCAAGUGGGAGAGAUAUGAAUAAGGGUGGAGAUAGGCUGAAGCUUGAUUUGUCUGCGAUUCAGAAAAACCCGGAUAAGAAUGGUGGGCUUGUGAGGAGGGAUAAGAUUGCAUUCUUUGAUAAAGAGUGCUCUAAGGUUGCUGAACAUAUAUAUCUUGGGGGAGAUGCGGUUGCAAAGGAUAGGGAGAUUUUGAAGCAGAACAGAAUCACCCAUAUUCUCAAUUGUGUGGGUUUUGUUUGUCCUGAAUAUUUCAGAGCCGAUUUUGUGUACAGAACUUUGUGGUUGCAGGAUAGUCCAUCUGAAGACAUCACCAGUAUACUUUAUGAUGUUUUUGACUACUUUGAGGAUGUUAGAGAACAGGGGGGAAGGGUUUUUGUUCAUUGUUGCCAAGGGGUGUCUCGAUCCACUUCGCUUGUGAUUGCAUAUCUUAUGUGGAGAGAAGGGCAGAGUUUUGAAGAUGCAUUUCAGUAUGUGAAAGCAGCUAGGGGAAUUGCUGAUCCAAAUAUGGGGUUUGCUUGCCAGUUGUUACAGUGUCAAAAAAGGGUCCAUGCCUUUCCUCUUAGUCCAAGUUCAUUACUGAGGAUGUAUAGAAUUGCCCCACACUCUCCAUAUGAUCCUUUGCAUCUUGUUCCAAAAAUGUUGAAUGAUCCUUCACCAUCUGCUCUUGAUUCUAGGGGUGCAUUUAUUGUACAUGUACCUUCUGCAAUCUAUGUUUGGAUUGGUAAAAAUUGUGAGGUCAUAAUGGAAAGGGAUGCCAGAGCUGCGGUUUGUCAGAUUGUUCGUUAUGAAAGAGUACAGGGGCCAAUAACAGUGAUCAAGGAAGGAGAAGAACAGUCAUACUUCUGGGAUGCUUUUUCUAACCUUUUGCCUUUGAUGGAUAAAUCUGUUAAUGGGGUGGAGGUUGGGAAAUCAAUGGUUGAUGUUUGCCUUGGUGAGAGAAAAGUGGAUUCAUAUAAUGUUGAUUAUGAGAUUUUCAAGAAAGCAAUCUCCGGGGGUUUUGUGCCCCCUUUUGCAUCAUCUGAGACUGAACAUGAAACCCACCUUCCUGUAAGAGAAAGCAGUUGGAGUGCGCUGAGGCGUAAGUUUGCCUUUGGCAAUAUGAAGGAGUUCAUUUCGGCUCCCAGGUUAUCCUUUCACAGGGUGUUUUCAGAUUCUAUGUUAAUAGUCGGUGUAGAUAAUUUUAUGAACAAACCAUCACAUUCUCCUGCAAAUUCUUCAACAUCAUCCUCACCACCAUCAUCAUCAUCAUCAUCAGCAUCAUCAUCAUCAUCAUCAUCUUCAUCUUCCUCACCACCUUAUCUCUCCCCUGAUUCCAUUUCUUCCGAUUCAAGUGGUACAUCAAAGUAUUUUUCUGAGUCCCCUCUGAUGUCUCCUUCCACUGUUGCAUUCCCUCUUCCUCUAUCAUCAACCUUGUCUACCCUUUCUAAUUUGUCUCUUUUCACAUCUAGCACAUCUAACACUUCUUCUCAAUCUGCAUCUAAUGCUUCUUUUCAAUCUGUGUCUAACAAUCCAGAACUUGUUAGUGUUACUUCACAGCAUUCUUCUCAAUCAGUCUCCCUACCAUUUAAAAGAUUUCCCGUUUCCCUGGCUGAGCGCAGAGGUAGCUUGUCAAAGUCACUUACACUGCCUGUGUUGACUGAUGAAACAAGGUUAAAAAAUAAUGUUUCAACUUCGGUUUCCUGUCAAGAAGAUGCUGUGAGGAUAGACGUCAACACUUGCUCUUUUUCUGAACCAUGUUCUAGUGUAGAACAUGUCUCAGAGUUCAAGAAUGGUGCUAGAAAUGGAGAUGGGAACUCAACUGAACAAUGCGAGUUGCGGAUAUCAUCAGGUAGAGUAGCUAGUGAUGAUUCACAUAAGGACAUUGGUUUUGUCAGAAAUGGUGAUGAGACACUGAGAAAUGAUCCUUUGGAAGGAAGUCAGGAUUCAACUGUCUUGACUGGAAUGAUGGAAGCUCAUGGUGACCCAGUACAACCAUUAGUAUGUUGCUGGCCUAGCUUAGAAAAAUUUGCAUCCUUUGGUGCAGGUGAUCUGGAUUCCAAAGCUGCAUUUGUUUUCUUCUUUCCAAGUACAGGUUUAGGAAAAGCUGAGGAUAGGAUUAUAUAUAUUUGGGUAGGAAGAUCUUUCAAUCAUGGUAAUACCCGGGUUCUACUAGAUAGCAGCAGAGAGGUAGGUGAUCUAGAAGAGAUUGACUGGAACCGAGUUGGUUGUGAUGUUCGUUCUCAGCUGGGUCUGCCAGAGGACACUGCCAUUAAGAUUGUUAAAGAAGAUGAAGAGCCAGUAGAAUUCUUUGCAUUGUUGCAUCCAUUGUAGCACUACCACAGUUCAGGAGAUAUUCUGAAAUCCAAUAGCUCGCAUUAUUUUCCCAUUUCUUCAGGUGGUGUAAUUUGCACUAGAACUUAGUCAGGCAUCAGAAGGACCUUCCCCUGACAAAAUCAGCGAGGAGAUGCUGCUUCAUAAGUUCUUUGUGGCAAUUCAACUGGUUGUACAGUGCUGUGACAACUUCGUAACCCGGACUUAAUUGUCCCACUGACUGAAUCUUCUUGUAUAUGAACUAUUAUUAGAAACAGAUUCCCAGAGCCAAAUCAGGCAAAUUAGAUAAUGUUUUAAAACUUUAAUUUCUGCACGUUAAUCUUUCUGCUACUUUUGUGUUUUAGUUUUAACACAUGCCACUGGAAACAGAUGCCAAAGCCCAUUCAGGCCAAAGUUAAAUAUGUUGGAACUCCCUUGCAGGAGCUUCAUGCGUUUGCUCUUUU